GAUCGGGGACAAAGGUGCGCAAAGUCUCGCAGACGCCUUGCAUUGCUCGACCGUGGCGCUCCUGGACCUCAGCUUCAACCGGCACAUCGGCGCCCUGGGCGUGCAGAAACUGACUGAGGCCGUGGAGCAGUCGGACACCAUCACCGUGCUGGCGGUUCAUGGCUUCCGCCGCAGCCGCCAAGAAAUCACAAGGCUAGAGGCCGCCCUGGACAAGAACAAGCGGACGCAGGUGCUGACACUGCACUGCAUCCCGGAUGGGGAGCUCUGUAAAGCUUCCUGCACCCAAAUGUCCGGAGCAGAGCUCCUUGAGCUCUCGUUGGCCCCUGAAACGCCACUUUGGCAGGUCUUUGCCUCCGUUGCCGAAGCCAUGACGCAGCCGGCGGACAGUCUCCGGCUCAUCACGUCGGCGGGGCAGGAGAUCUUGAGCACUUCGCAAGAGUCCCUGGAGAGCAUUUCGUGUCCGAUCCGUGCCUAG